AUGGAGCGUACAAUUGGGAAAGGAAAUUUCGCGGUUGUAAAGCUAGCUACACAUGUGGCCACCAAAACGAAGGUCGCCAUAAAAAUUGUUGACAAGACACAGUUAGACGAAGACAACUUGAAGAAAAUCUAUAGGGAAAUUGAAAUUAUGAAGUUAUUGCGGCAUCCUCACAUUAUUAGGCUUUAUCAGGUUAUGCAGUCAGAAAGGAUGUUAUAUUUAGUAAUGGAGUAUGCAAGCGGUGGAGAGAUUUUUGAUCACUUAGUUGCACAUGGGCGUAUGAACGAGCGAGAAGCCAGAAAGAAAUUCCGACAGAUCGUGUCAGCCGUGGCCUAUUGCCACAGCCACAGUAUAGUUCACAGGGACCUGAAAGCGGAGAACUUAUUAUUAGACGCAAACUUGAGUAUCAAAAUUGCUGACUUUGGCUUUAGCAACUUCUUCACCCCUGACUCUACACUGAAGACCUGGUGUGGGAGUCCACCUUAUGCCGCACCAGAACUGUUUGAAGGGGUAGAGUACGAUGCUCCCAAGGUGGAUGUAUGGAGCUUGGGCGUAGUCCUUUACGUUUUAGUCUGUGGAGCCCUCCCCUUUGAUGGCAGUACACUUCAAAGUCUUCGCAACCGAGUUUUAGCAGGCAAAUACAGGGUUCCUUUCUACAUGUCCAGAG